GCUGAGCAUAAAUUUCUCACGCGCAGGCUCCCCUUAACUCCUCUUCAACCAGGGAUUGCUCCAGAUGUCUUUCGAAGAAGACUGCAACGACACGGACAGAGACGUGUCCGGUACAAAGAAAUUUCAAGAAUCUAUUGCCAAGUUUACAUUCUCAACCCCACACCAAAUACAGCUCGAUCCAGCAGUCACUACGGUCCAUAGUUCCGAGCUCCCAACCUUGAAGUUGCGACGUUCCUUCAGAGUCGCUGCGGCCGUGAAAUCUCGGAAGCUCGAAAUAAAAUGCCACGUCGAUUCAGAUGCCUUGAGUUCAACAUCACCUGGAAAGGGUAAGCGCAAGGCACCCAACGCAAUUUUGUCCAAGAACGCCACCAAAAAGCUCAAGCGUGGAUAUGCCCCACCAGAAGCGUAUGCCCAUCUAUCACCCCUCACAGAUUAUCUAGCCUACGGCCUUGAUGUCGUUUUCUGUGGAAUCAAUCCAGGUCGUGAGUCCGCUAAGAGAGGACACCACUUUGCCCACCCGUCAAAUCACUUCUGGAAGUGCCUUCACCAAUCUGGGUUUACACCUAGGUUGUUGCCACCCUCGGAGGAUUCUUCUUUGCCAAAUACAUUCAACAUUGGUUUAACGGAUCUAGUUGACAGACCAUCCUCGGAGGCAUCAGAACUGUCCUCCUCAGAGCGUGUCUCGUCUGUACCUAUCCUGCUCAACAAGCUCGCCCUCCACCGCCCGAGAUUUCUCUGUCUCGUCGGUAUAUCUAACUGGGAGAUACUCCAAAAGGUGCUUUUGCAGAUGACCACUGGACCAUCUAAGGCCUCUGGAUCACCGGGCACGUCAAAAGCACCCCAGGCGUCGGCUAAGAACAUUGGAUUACAGCCAUUCAAACUAUGCUAUUCGACUAUCGCAGAUCCUCUCAGCGAUACCUCCUCGAACAUAAACGAGACGUUAUUAUUUGUGGUUCCUAGCACGUCGGGCCUUGUGACACAAUAUCAGCUCCCUGACAAAGUCAAGCUUUUUGCUCAAUUGAAGAGCUUGGUCGAUCAGCCACCAUCGGAAUUGGAUACAUCAGAGAUGAAAUGUAUCGCCGUUUCGCAUGAUCCAUAAUCUAUGAAAGCCAUCUUGAGCAUCCGAUCAUCACCGUGUACACCACUUUUAUUUUCAGCGGCAGCCAAUCACCGCUUACUACGAUGGAUGGCCUAUAAUUAGCCGCUAGCGUUAUUUUACAGCCCUGACAGGUACUCAUGGACCCAUAUCUACCUGCACAAUAUUUGUCCCCAAAAUGUAAUACUUUGUCAGUGUCGCGGUGUUUGCCCACUCCGAUUACAGGGA